AUGGAAAGAAGAGAAGAAAGAAGAUCCGGGGUUCCGGCUCGGCUCCAUGCCCGCCCCCUCGCUCAUUCCGAGCAUAUACCCAAUUUUGGGUUGGUUAUAAGACCUGCCUUCGGGUUCAGGCGGCCCGUAAGUCCGGCCUUCGGGUUACGGCAAAAUGUAAGACCUGCCUUCGGGUACAGGCAAGCGAUAAGACCUGCCUUCGGGUUCAGGCUGCAUGUAAGCCCUGCCUCCGGGUUCAGGCCGCCCCUAAGACCUGCCUUCGGGUACAGGCUGGAUGAAAGACCUGCCUACGGGUACAGGCACCCAUUCCCCAGCUCCCAUGGGGGAGCCCUUAGGGGAACCUCUGGCAAAUUUUUUUUUACGACUGAAAAACUUUGCAUUUUUUCGCGACUUUUUGUGAUGUCUUUCGCGAAUUUUUCUUUCAUAAUACUAAUUGUUAUUUUUUUUCAGAAAACAACAAUGGAAAGAGAAGAUAGAAGAUCCGGGGUUCCGGCUCGGCUCCAUGCCCGCCCCCAGAGAAGAUCCGGGGUUCCGGCUCGGCUCCAUGCCCGCCCCCACAGAAGAUCCGGGGUUCCGGCUCGGCUCCAUGCCCGCCCCCACGCUCAUGCCGAGCAUAUACCCAAGUUUGGGUUGGCUGUAAGACCUGCCUGCGGGUACAGGCGGCCCGUAAGUCCUGCCUGCGGGUACAGGCGGCCCGUAAGUCCUGCCUUCGGGUAUAGGCAGGAUGAAAGACCUGCCUGCGGGUACAGGCAGAGAUUCCCCAGCUCCCAUGGGGGAGCCCUUAAGGGAACCUCUGCCAAAAAAUUUUUUAGGACUAAAAAUCUUAGAAUUUUUUCUGACUCUGAACCUGAAAAGGUUCAUCUAAAUCAAAAAAACGACUUUGGCCUUGAGAAACGUCAUGGCUGCAGUCCACCUUCUGUUGAUGAAUUAGCCAUGAUUUGGCUAAAUUCAUUGGUUUUAGACAACCAAAAUCACUCUUCGGGGACACUUGAAAUGCCUGACCACCAUGGUGGCGGUAGCAGGAAAACCCCGACCCAAAGUAAUCCUGUCGAUAAUCCAGGCCGCAAACCUCGAAAAAGUUCUAAAAAGCGGGGUUUCGCUUCACGGUCUCACCGAUCACAAGUGA